CCCUUAAAUAAAAUUUAAAUAGAGAAAUCGUAAAGUAGAGAGAGAGACACUGACUUUGUAAGACCUUCAGGAAACUCAGAUAUAUCAAAAGUAUUUUAGCACAAAAUAGAUCUCAAAAGGACGCUGUACUCAGGUUAGGGUAUUUAAGGGAAAACUUUAAAUUGGCAUCAAAACUUUUGAACUUUUGCAGAAAGGGGGCGAAAGUUGCAGUGGGGGCGUGCGUUGGGUCAACGGCAGGCCAUUAAAUAGAUUGAUGUCCAGGCCAACUGACUUGGGAACUAUGUCAAUUGAGACAGUAAACUGAAUCAAAGGAGGUUAUAAGUCUCCCUUCACCCUGCUGACAGCUAAGCAGUAGUACAUAAAUUCCUACUGUCGGAAGCAUAAAUACGAAAAAUAUUAUAUAGUUUGUUAUUAUGUGGUCGGAUAUAAUACUAAGAGCGCUGUUCGGACCCAGCUAUGUGCCGCACAAGAUCCAAAAGCUAUUGGAAUAUCGCUUCGUAUUCGCUGUCAUACUUGGCUUUCUGCUGGAUUACCAGAUGCUUGGAAUUUUUCUCGCCUCUCAAUUUUUUGAAUUGAGAAGCACAUUGAACUCCGUAAUUAUGACCCUUCAGAGGUCUAUGUUUUCGGUAUAUACAAUGGCAAUGAUGGUUAUAAUACGAGUUUUUGUGGCAGGAUAUGGUCUUAUAUUGUGCCAUAUGCAUUAUGCCUAUCCCAGAUGUAAUGGCUCAAAAAUGAAAAGGAUUAUCAAUGACUUUCCCACACAUUUUUCACUGCUCUUCUCGAUACUGUUAGUAGCAUUUGCAAGCAGCUGGCUAUAUGCAUCCUAUGCGGACCCUGUCGAAGGAUACUAUCUCCAGAUAUUGGGCUGCAUAUCUGGGAUUUUUUAUUUCAAAACCCAACACGGUUUUACCCUUCAACGAUUCCCAUUGCCCAUAGUGCGUUUGGGUCUGCUGAAGUCCAUCCAGCAGAUGUGGUGGCCUUUAUUGGAAAGAUCUGGAAGAGAAGCUUUUGGUACAACUAUUAUAUUUACCAUGCUUUUCUGGCCUUAUAUGGAAAACAUUUUUAACGGACUUUAUCUGAUAUUAACGGAACCUGGGAUACUCCUUAGAGGUUGGCUGGUAAAUACCCUUAUCUUGGCAAAGUUACGAAUGGUCUGGGAGCUUUAUGGCCUGAUUAUGCAGCGUCAAUUGCCAUUAAGUAUCGACUUUCGAUGCCAGGACAUAAUAGAGGAUAUAUGUCUACGCAAUAUAAUUAAGGAAUGGAUAAAAACCUUGAUCUGCAGAAUCAAACAGCAGCCAGUGGAUGAGAAGCCACGUUAUACACAUUCCCUAUCCAUAUCAACCGCACUGGAUAGUACCCACAUAUAUGGAUUUAAGGUGCUGGCUGCCCGUGACUUUUAUGCAGAAAUGUCAGGCAGUUUGUGGACCGAAUUGGUCGCUAUCGAGGACGUGAAGAAUACCAGUGCUUAUUGGGAAGAAUUGCGAAAAGUUCUAUAUAAAAUAAUUAAUGAUUUUCUAGUCAAAAUGGACUCCUGUUUGGAUACUGCUCCUCGAGCGCAGAUCAGUGACUUACUGAAGCGUCAAACAGGGAUUAGAUCCCUGGUCAAGCCCAAGGAAGUAGCCCAAGGGUCGCUUAGAAAAUACUGUAGAGCCCCGCAAAUUGAAAUUCAAAUUCAGCCAACCCAUUUGUGCAUUUGUAAUAUAGUAGGUUACUUGAGAGAACUCGUCCAUUUCUAUUCGGGACUUUUCUUUCCGAGCUACCUAGUAUUUCCGAAUCAGUUUGCUUUUCUCUUCGCAAUCGAUAAACUGGCUAAACUCAACCAUGUACUCCAAUGUGGUGAGCCUUUGGUGUGGAUCCUUCAAGGACUCGUUUGCAUCUGUGCGAGAUCGUUAAGGGAAGACAGCCAUGGUAUUGUCCAGAAAGAUCUAUCUUGGGUUUUUGAAGUCCUUAUCAAAGUGGAGGGAAAGCUGAUUGCCGCUGCUGAGGUUCCUGUUCAGUCGGACCGUGAAAACGGGAAGCUCUGCCCCAGCCACAAGCUACUGAAGUUGGCCACCAAUCGCUGUUUAUUCAAAAUGUUAAAGACAUUUGGCCCACAUCUGAAUUAUAUUGUGAAUGACCAAACACUAAGGGAAGAACUGAAGAGCAGAAUGAAAAUUCUGAAUCAGUUUUAAGAAAUCUUUUAAUCUAUUUUUAAUGUUCAUUAAAACUGAUAUUUAUUUUAUUAUGUAAAAUAUCGAAUAUUAAACGGAGUUACCAUUAUAUCAAA